CCAGCCCAGGCCCUGGCAGGGCACCCCCUGCCCAGCCCAGGCCCUGGCAGGGCACUCCCUGCCCCUGGCAGGCUCGGGGCGGCUCUGCAGUGCCCGGAGGAUCAGGUGGUUGCGGAGCCGGGCGCAGCCGUACGAUGCAGCUGAGACAAGCACAGCCCCCGGCAGCCUCUGGAGCUGCUCUCCAGAACAAGGCGACCUCUAAGCUCCAAUCCAUCACAGAAAUGAUGUGCUGAUACUGCAGGACACCACGGCAACAAUGGAAUACCAGAUAUUGAAUGCAUCUACCUGUCUGCUGGUCCUUCUGGUUUUCAUACCCACUGGUUUGGGUAUCUGUCCCUCUAGCUGUAAGUGCUCAGGAAACGACAGGAAUGUGGACUGUUCAGGCAGAAACUUAACUGUACUGCCCCAGGGACUUCAAGACAACCUUACAUAUUUAAAUCUGUCCUUUAACCAGUUUGUAGAUCUCGAUCAUCAGCUAACGAGGUUCACCAAUCUGAGGACUCUUGAUAUUUCAAAUAAUUGGCUCAAGAAUGUUCCUGCUCAUCUGCCCAAGUCCUUAUGGGAAUUAUACGCCACAAACAACAACAUUAAAGUUCUUCAGAAACUUGAUACAGCUUACCAGUGGAAUCUUAGAGUGCUGGAUGUUUCCAGGAAUAUGGUGGAAAGAGCUGUCCUGAUCAACAACACACUGAGCAGUCUCAAGUUUCUCAAUCUCAGCAGCAACAAACUUUGGACAGUUCCAACCAAUAUGCCCUACAACAUAGAGACAGUGGAUCUAUCCAAUAACUUCUUGUCCCAGAUACUCCCAGGAACACUGGUGAGACUUCAACACCUCACAAGCCUCUACCUGCACAACAACAAGUUCUCAUACAUUCCUGACAAAGCUUUUGACCAGCUGUCCCAGCUGCAGGUAAUCACUCUGUACAACAACCCCUGGUCCUGCGGGGAUAACCAAAUCAUCCCUUACGUGCUGCACUGGGUGCAGGGCACAGCUGCCCGCGUCCUGGGGGCUCCCUGCGCUGAGCAGCCCUGGCCCUGGGCCGGCACCACGCCAGCCCCAGCCCCAGCCCAGCCCACGGGCCUGGACUCCAGCCCCAUGAUCAAAGGCACCCAGGCAGCGGACAGGGAGGCCUCUGAGCCCACCCAAGCGGCCAAAAGGCACAAACAGUUCAAAGCCAAGGAGGUCCCUCCCUGGGGCACUCAGGGCCCCCAGGAGGCUGCGGCCACCCGCACGGUCCUGCUGCAGGGCUCCUCCCAGGGCAACGCCAGCCGGGCCCCUGCCACGGGACCCUCCACCACCCCCAUGACUUUAAGCAUCACCAGCGGGAUGCCAACAAACUCCCCCAGGAGGCCUGACAGCACAACGGGCACCUGGAGGCAGGAGGAGCCCACGGCCAGCGUGCCAUCCCGCGCCGGCCGCUGGCGCGCGGGGCUGCUCUGCCUGGCGCUGCUGCACUCGGCCCUGGCCCUGGCCCUGCACUGAGGCUGCACCCCGAACUACUGGGGUUACUCUGUGACAGCAGCUGGAGUGAGCACCCCCAGCUGAAAUAACCAAUGGAAGAAACUCCGAGAACUGACUCUGAUCUAAAGAAAGUAACGGUUCCUAAAGACGUGCACACUAAUGUCUUGGUACUAAGCUGCUACUUAUUUUCAUAUGUCUUAAUUGAGUACAACUAAUCUGUUAUUUUGUUUAUAAAAAUGUGCUUAUUUUGUAUUUAAAUUUUUCAUUUUACUUGCACAGAAUAAACACAUCAGAAUUUUAAGUACUGAUUUUAUGUAUGAUUUUGUCAUUGAAGAACUGGAAAAAAACAGAAGGCCUGUAUCAUAUCUGCAUUGUCUUGCUUGACUUGCCAGUGAGCAAUUCCUGUAAUAUAGCAGCACAGAUUCUUUGUAAGUUAUGAUGACAUGCAAAAGAAAGGAAAAAAAAUAAAGGAACUAAACUGUUUCACUAAUCAGAAGUUAUUCCUGAGCAAAAUCGCUAGCAUGUAUAUCUAUGUUUGCUUCAUAUGUAUUAGAUAUUUUAAAUAUGAAGAAGAACAGUUUUGAAUUUAGGAAUUAAAUAUGACAAUGCCAUGAUAUCUGCUAAGAGGGUGUAAACUGAGAUGGCAACAUGGUCCAACUUCAGCAUGGGACAGUGGUAGGGGCCAGUAUCCUUCUGCUCUGGCUUGACUUAGAGGCUGCAGGCAAGUUAUUGCUCUCUCCAUAUUAAAAAAAAAAAAAAGAAAAAAAAGAAGAAAAAUAAAAAGAUAAAAGUAGAGAAAAAUGCCAGAUGUUCAAUGCCAUGACACUGUCAAACACCAAGGAGUUAUCUACCCAAAUUAAUGACCUGGAAUUCCUUGACUUUAUGUCAAGUGACAUCCUGAAAUGUUAAUGUGUUCUGCCUAAAAUAACACAAAUUGGCCAGAACAUAGCAAACUACUAUCAGUAAAAUGAAAUAUCAGCUGAUUUCUAACACAAGUCAUGUAACAAAUCAAUUAAGCAGUUAGCUGGUGAGCUGUCAUUGAAGCAAUGCUGCCUCUUGUGACUUCAAAGAGAAAGAAGCCAGUCCAUGGCACUGAACAUGCCCAAACCCUGCUUCUAAGGGCGAGCAUGGAUGCUCUUCUCCACAUCAGCCAGUAGAAAUAGCUGCACGCAUGGUUCUGUCCACUCUAGGAAAAUUAUUUAAAUUAUGGCAAAGGUACUUGAUAUACUACAGAUGAAGUUUUGCAAACAGCAUGAAGUGAAAACUGAAGAACAAGUUAAUUGAAAAAGUAUUAUCCACUUAAUAUUGCAGAUCUUAUACAAUGUUUUCCAUUCAUUCCAGGCCAUUUAAUUUCCAGUUAUUGUAGCAUGAAGGUGCUGCAAAACCCAGAAAACCUCACAACAGAGACUGGAGUCCUCUACCUGUUUCUCCUAAGGUGUCAAUGGGGGCUGUAGAUCAUUUACAACCACUGGUAUCAGAGAAAUGACAACUUUCCAAUUGUGAACAGUAUUUCUACAACCGGAAACGUGUUUUAAUUUCUAACAGUAAAUGUUACACAAAG